AUGAACGUGGACGUGGACGUGGACGUGGACGUGGACGUGGACGUGGACGUGGACGUGGACGUGGACAUGGACGUGGACGUGGACGUGGACGUGGACGUGGACAUGGACGUGGACGUGGACGUGGACAUGGACGUGGACGUGGACGUGGACGUGGACGUGGACGUGGACAUGGACGUGGACGUGGACGUGGACGUGGACGUGGACGUGGACGUGGACGUGGACGUGGACAUGGACGUGGACGUGGACAUGGACGUGGACGUGGACAUGGACGUGGACGUGGACAUGGACGUGGACGUGGACGUGGACGUGGACGUGGACAUGGACGUGGACGUGGACGUGGACGUGGACGUGGACGUGGACAUGGACGUGGACGUGGACGUGGACGUGGACGUGGACGACGUGGACGUGGACAUGGACGUGGACGUGGACGUGGACGUGGACAUGGACGUGGACGUGGACGUGGACAUGGACGUGGACGUGGACGUGGACGUGGACGUGGACGUGGACGUGGACGUGGACGUGGACGUGGACGUGGACGUGGACGUGGACGUGGACGUGACGUGGACGUGGACAUGGACGUGGACAUGGACGUGGACUUGGACGUGGACGUGGACAUGGACGUGGACGUGGACAUGGACGUGGACGUGGACGUGGACGUGGACGUGGACGUGGACGUGGACGUGGACGUGGACAUGGACGUGGACGUGGACGUGGACAUGGACGUGGACGUGGACGUGGACGUGGACGUGGACGUGGACGUGA